GGUGUCACGACAGAACUUCCCAAAACCGUAACAGCGCAGCAGACGCUGAACUGGCUACAGUGACCAGGCGGGGAGGCGUCUCCCAGCCAGCCCGCACGUCGCAAGCCAACAUUAUCGCGCCUCUCCGCGGCUAAGGGAAACUGGGCCCCACGGGCGGCGGCCGCAGGGCCUGCGGGGGCUUCUCGCUGCCGGUACAGGCAGAGUCGCCACGCGGGCUGAGGCUGCUCGUCCCGCGCCUCCAGACGGAACCUUUGUGCGGCGCCUCCUGCUUCGGGGGAGGGAAUUAACCGGGACUAGCCACCGGCUGCUUCCUUCCUGCUGGUGCGCGCCGGGACUCUGCGCCUCACGCUGCCGCCUGGCUCGCGUGUUAAAUCAAAAUGGUUCAUGCUGAAGCCUUUUCUCGUCCGCUGAGUCGGAAUGAAGUUGUUGGUUUAAUUUUCCGUUUGACAAUAUUUGGUGCGGUGACUUAUUUUACCAUUAAAUGGAUGGUAGAUGCAAUUGAUCCAACCAGGAAGCAAAAAGUAGAAGCCCAGAAACAGGCAGAAAAACUCAUGAAGCUGAUUGGGGUGAAAAAUGUCAAGCUUACUGAAUACGAGAUGAGCAUUGCUGCACAUUUAGUAGAUCCUCUUAGCAUGCAUGUAACCUGGAGUGAUAUUGCAGGUUUAGAUGAUGUUAUUACAGAUCUGAAGGACACAGUCAUUUUACCUAUCCAGAAGAAACAUUUGUUUGAGAAUUCCAGACUCUUGCAGCCACCAAAAGGAGUACUUCUCUAUGGCCCUCCAGGUUGUGGUAAAACUCUGAUUGCCAAAGCUACAGCAAAGGAAGCAGGUUGUCGAUUUAUUAAUCUCCAGCCUUCAACAUUGACUGACAAGUGGUAUGGGGAAUCUCAGAAACUAGCUGCUGCGGUCUUCUCCCUUGCUGUAAAGCUCCAACCUUCCAUCAUUUUUAUUGAUGAAAUAGAUUCCUUUCUACGAAGUCGUUCAAGUUCUGAUCAUGAAGCUACGGCUAUGAUGAAAGCUCAGUUCAUGAGUCUGUGGGAUGGUCUGGACACUGACUAUACGUGCCAAGUAAUAGUGAUGGGAGCCACCAAUCGCCCUCAAGAUCUUGACUCUGCCAUUAUGAGAAGAAUGCCUACGAGGUUUCACAUUAACCAACCAGCUUUGAAACAGAGAGAGGCGAUUUUGAAAUUGAUUUUGAAAAAUGAAAAUGUGGACAGGCACGUGGACCUCCUGCAAAUUGCUAAAGACACUGAUGGAUUUUCAGGAAGCGAUUUGAAAGAAAUGUGUCGUGAUGCAGCACUCCUGUGUGUCAGGGAAUAUGUUAAUGCUACACAUGAAGAAAGCCAUGAUGAAGAUGAAAUUCGGCCAGUGCAACAGCAAGAUCUUCACAAGGCAAUUGAGAAGAUGAGGAAGUCAAAAGAUGCAACGCUUCAGAAUGUUUUGAUGCAUGUUAGUUUAGACUAAGACUAAACAGUGUGUUUCCAGUUUCUGAUGUGGCCUAGUUGACUUGUGCUGUAAUCAGUUGAAAAAGGAAUGUGGGAGAGGGAAAUUCUUUCAAUAAGGGAGUUAAAUGUUUCAUUUCUAGAGGAUUUUUAUACACUGAAUUCUAAGUUAUUGAAAUCUGAUAAUCUUAAAGAAAUAGUUGUGGUCUACAGAUCAUGAAGUGGAUCAAUAUAGUCCAGUCCCAGAGUAAAUGCUUGUGAUUUGUCCAAUUACCAAUAUGUCGUAGCAGCCUUAAAGCAGAGUCUAAUGUGAUGCAUGUUUUGAAGAGCAACGAGACAUGGAAAUAAUUGAAUUCCAAUUCAUGUACAUACGUACAAACGUGUGUGUUUAUAUUAAAUGUAUAUAUCCACACUUUUAUAUAUAGACAUAAUCUGUAGAUAAUUGAAUAUGGAAACUUUUUUUAUUUACUGAAUGAAACUAAAUCAGAAGAUGUAUAGAUUUAAAAAAAAACUGUUCAGUGCACAUUUACCUUUUUUUUUUUUUAAAGCAACUCCUGGAAAAGGCAGAAAUUCUGCUGGAAUUGAGAUUUUAUUUACCAUUUUGAAGUAUUGGUAACUUUCACAUUAAUGUUUGAAGUCCACAUUCAGUAGAAGUAGCAAGUGAAUACAUAAAUGAAUAUUUUUUAUUUUAUAUGAAAUUCUGCUAUUUGGCUUUUUUUGGUUGUUAAUGCUGUUUUUACAUCUUUCCUCUGAGUUGAAUAAAUAACUACAGUAGAACUUUGCUAUCUGGUCUUUCAUUAAACCCUCCAUGUUAUAAUUCCCUAAAAUUAUCCCUCUGAUUUAUUUAACAUUAGUCACAGGUUACAUUAUGACUUCAUUUUUUUGAGAAUAUAUAUGGCAACAUAUUUACACAGUGCUAAGAAUUAUCACAAGUUUUAUUUCAACAUGGAGGGGAAAAUAUCUUUUGUGGUGUUUUGCUCAGUUUCUUCCUGUACUAAUUUGAAAAGCUGAGAGUCUAUCUGGGUCAUAGCAAUGUUCUACUGUAUUUGUUGGCAACAGUUGAACAAAUUUAUAUAAUCUUUAAAAUAAGAGAUUGAUAAUGUAAGAUGUAAAUCUUUUCCAAACUUAAUAUUGUUUUAUUAUAUAACUUUAUUUUUUAAAGAACUAUGAAUUAUGCUCUAAUCAAAUGCAUAUAUACUUCCUAACCUAAAUGCCAGGAAUAUUCAGACCAAAGUAUCUUAUGUACAGGCAGCAUGUGCUAAUAAGAAGGUUAAAUAAGCAUUGAAAAGCAAGUUAAAAAUAAGAUGAACUUUGAAGCAGCCAUCCUAGCAUAUAAAAUGGAAAUUCUAUCAAGUUUAUAACCACUGUAUUAGAAUAUGUAAAAAGUCCCUUUUUCUGAGAACUUCUUCAGUUAACUGUUUAUCAGCUGUUGAAAAGAUGUUGCUUUGACUCAGCAACUUGUCUUCCCACACCCUCUCUCAUAAAGAUUACCUUGUUCCUACCAAAUGUUGGUUUCCUUU